UUUCAGAGCUAACUGGCUGCCUUAUGGGCCACGCGAUCGAAUCAAUCGUACUGAGCCCGCUGCGAACCUUGGCAGACAGUGCUGAAAUAUAUACUUGUAUGUAUGUAUGUAUAGUACAUAUAUUUUGCGUAUUUAUCGGGUCGCCUUUCGUUCGUUGUUAACGCUCAGCGCAUUCCGGUGCAGAACGCCGGCACGUCUGGUUGUUGUUGGUUGCGUUUCAUUUGUAUGAAGCGUAAAGUUGAGUAAUAUCGCGUAACCCGUAACUCGGUCUCUGGUUCACACGCUACCCACGCACAUCAACUCAUUGGAGUUGAAAAGCACAGAAAUAACGCACAACUAGCUGCUAACUAUUGGUAUCAAUAACACAAACAAACUCACAAACGAAGCCGCUAACCACAAAAACAAGAACAAAGCACCUACAUACUUGUGAAGGUAGACGCUGGCAGAGACGUAGCGGCGACUUUUUUUUUGCUAGCUGGCUCUGAGUCUUGCCACCCAGGAAUGAAAAGUUCGCUAAUUGCUUUGUUUUCUCCUCCGUCUCUCUGCCUCUGUUGACUGAUUGGGAAGUGCAGGCAGCCAAAUGUAAACAACAACAACUACAACAAGAACAAUAAUCAAAAAAUCAAAUCAAAAAGCAGUCGCAACCGAAAAAAGUUUUCAUUGUGAAUUUUAGCUGUGCCGUGAAAGUUUCUAAACAAACGCAAGCCCCAUCCAAACUGAACGAACGCGUGCACGUAAGUACAAAAAAAAAAAAAAAUUGUGCAGAAUUUGACAUUGAGUGGCGACCCUCCUACUAUAACAAUACUAGUGUGAUCAUCAUAAUUAUAAUAAUUGCAGCAAAAUAAUAAUAAAGAAAAAGAAAAAAAAAAAAAAACAGCGACAAAAUGUCCAACGUUAAAAUCGUCGAAUCGAAACUAGAUCUAUUCCAAGCCCCGCAGAGCUAUGCGCUUGCCCAUGCCGUUGAGUCAUCGUUCAGCGCGGCGAGGGGAACACUGGCCUGGCAGUUCUCGCUCAUCUUUGGCGAUGUGGAGGAGCUGCGGCAGCGGCGGGUGACGCGCGGUAACUGCGCCGUGCUCGAGCACAAUUCCCGCUUCGUCUACUAUCUGGUGACAAAAGAGAAUCUCUAUGCGACGAGCACUUAUGACGAUGUUCAGGCCGCCUUGAUUUGUAUGCGCGAGCAUAUGCGCAAUCAUGAAAUCAACAAAGUGGCCAUGCCACGCAUCUGUUGCGGCACAGACGGCCUGGAAUGGAAGCAAGUAAAGCGCAUCAUACAACAAAUUUUCGCACACAUCGACUAUAAUGUGGAGAUUCUUGUGUGUGAGCACACCGAUGUGGAGCUCCACUCGGCCAAAUGUCAAAUAACCGAAGCGAAAGGCAAUCUAUUCAGCGCCCCGGACAACUUUGCGUUGGUGCAUUCCGUUAGCGCCGACUUCGCGAUGUGCAGUGGCAUUAAUUUGCAAUUCAAAUGCAAGUUCGGACAGGUUGACGAGCUUAAGAAGCAGAACAGGCACAUCGGCAACGUGGCUGUGUUGGAGCAGGACGGACGAUACAUUUACAAUCUGGUAACUAAGGAGCGAUCGCACGAGAAAUGCACAUAUACGGCACUGUAUUAUGCGCUCUUGGCGAUGCGCGAGCAUAUGCACGAACAUAAUGUCAAUAAAUUGGCCAUUCCGCGCUUGGGUUGUGGCAUUGACCGCUUGGAUUGGCUGCGCGUGCGCAGCUUGCUGGAACUGGUCUUUGCCGAGGACAGUGUGGAUAUUAUUGCUUUCUUUUACGAGCCACCAAGUCUGGUGCAGGACACCAUCAAGAUCACCUGUCCGACCUGUCAUAACAUGAAGGUCAUGCGAAUUCCACGCAGUACGCACUCAUCGCGACUGUCUCUGUACAAGGAGAAGAGUCCCUUCUAAAUGUGAUGGAAAAAGUGGAGGGACUGGGAAGAACUCUUCGUAUUUUAUAUUAUUUAAUUUAUCUAUUUAACGUAUUUAACACUCGAAAUUCUAUGCGACACCGUUGCACCACGGCUUACAAGUGACAGCGAUGUGUGUGGCAGGACUGGCGUGAAAUUUUGUGGCUGGAUAAUGCACGAAAUGCACCUUUACUUAUAUAGCUUAUAAAGCAUUAUACAUAUAUUAGUUCUUUUUCUUUUUUGCAAAGAAAAUAUAUUUUCUAUGGGGGACAGUUUUUAUAUGUGUAACAAUAAAAGACAUGCCACAAGUGGCAAUAACCAAACAA